UCAUUUUUCUGAUAAGGAAAAAAGGCAUGGGAUCUUAGAUGUUCAGUUUCUGAUCUAAGGCCCUCAGUUGGCAUAAUGGGUUUGAAGGCGGGGCUAGUCAGUUUAUAAAAGCAGCACGAUUAUUGUUUCACAUUUCAAAGAAACUGGGGGCAUCUAUUAAUUGGGGUAGAGGUUUUGCUACCUCCAGCUCGAGCUCAGCGCGAACUUAGUCCCCUUUGGCGCCAUCAGGAAUCAACGCAUCACGGAAAAAGUUAGUACCAUGGAGAGCUCAGGGAUACUGGUCGGGCUACUGUGCAUCAGCCUCGUGUCCGUCUUAUGUUGCGGACAAUCGCGGGAAGUGUCCGCAGAGGAAUUUGAAGCGAAGAAAUCUCCCGAUUCCACGGAGAAAGAGCUCUUGGAGGCAAUGGAGGACCUGCUGGGAAAGUUUCAGAGCAGACUACCGUCAACCGAGAAGAGAGGGAGCAUCCCGCUGUGUGGGGUAGGGGACCGCUGUGCUGUGAGGCUGGGGCCACGCAUCGGGAAGCUCUGUGACUGCGCCGGGAGACGCAACUGUAACUCCUUCCUCCUCAAGUGCAUCUAGAACCCUUUCUCCCUCUCUCCUGCACGAAUUCUGCCACAACUAGAGGCAGAGAAAAUGAUACCUGGCCUGGCUGAAUAUGUUUGUCUUACAAAAACAGCGUCACCCCAAGAGUUUCACAAGGUCCAUGAUGUAUUUUUGGUUUCUUAUUCUUCUGUCUCUUGUACUUCCUUUAAUAUUCAAAGGAAUGUAGUCAAGCUUUGUGUUUUGCUUGGAUAUGAAUUAUGUAUGUAUUGUUUGCAAAAUAAAUAAAGGUAUUGUUCACCACUCUAAACAAUUUAGACUUUUUUUUUUUUUUUUUUUUUUGAGGUGAUGGACAUAAACCAAUAUAGACAGGACAUGGACUCAGCAACAAGACAACCAGAGGGAACAGACAUAGCCAGCCAUGGAUAGAUGUAUGUAGCCCUGGUACAGUCUAACAAGGAGACAGCACAAUCUUUCAAAUGAAACGGGGAUAGUUUUUUGGCAUGAAGGGUUUGAGAUUUAUUGAUUUUAAAAUAUUGAUGAUAAUCAUUAACGUCAUUGAUUAUAUCAAUGACAUCCAAUACCAGCAAGUCCUGCAGAGAUAGCUGCUAGGGGAGUGGGGUGGCUGGGUGGUUGUGUGAAUAUGUGUGAGGUGAAUGUAACUGUCUUUUGAUAAAAAAGCAUCACCCCAAGAGCUUCACAAGGUUUAUGAUUUUACAUACAAUGAAUAGACAGUUAUAUGCCCUUUUUACAUCAUGCUGUUCUUAUUUUUCUGUUUCUUGACCUCUCUUUAAUAUUCAAAUUAAUAAACUCAAGCUGUGUGUUUUUCUUGCAUAUGAAUUAUGUAUGCAUUGUUGGCAAAAUAAAUAAAUGUAAUGUUCA